AUGUCCAAUAAUAAUCGAGAAGAAGACACCGCCGGAGAUUUUCGACAGCCCACAGGUUCGAACCUCCAAAUGCAAGCGUUGGUAGAAGCGGAAACUCCUAGGGGACAACAACAGGACAACCCCAAUAGGCAAAAAGGUGGGUGUGUUCCGUGGAGGAAUGUUGAGGAAGAGGCUGAGUCAGAGGAGUUUGAUGAGCCAUAUUUGAACCGAGGCAGGUUUGAGCGUGGGUAUGGGAAUAGAGAAGCUAGGAUGGGUAGGCCUAGGAGGGAUAAUGAUUUAGGAAACAUAAAGAUUAAAAUCCCAUCUUUUCAAGGUAAAAAUGAGUGGGAAACUAAAAUGGAGAUGGUGUUUGAUUGUCACAACUACUUGGAGAUAAAGAAGGUUAAGUUGGCUGCAAUUGAAUUCACCGAUUAUGCCAUUAUUUGGUGGGAUCAAUUACUGAUUAAUAGGAGGAGGAAUAGAGAGCCACCCAUGGACACUUGGGAGGAGAUGAAAAUUCUUAUGAGGAAGUGUUUUGUACCCAGCCACUAUUAUAGGGGAUUGUAUCAAAAUUUACAUAGGUUAAAUCAAGGUUCCAAGAGUGUGGACGAGUAUUACAAGGAGAUGGAGGUAGCUAUGAUUCGGGCUAAUGUAGAAGAGGACAGGGAAGCCACCAUGGCUAGGUUUUUGCACGGUUUAAAUCGAGAGAUUGCGGAUAUAGUUGAGUUGCAACACUAUGUUGAGCUGACGAAUAUGGUGCAUCAAGCCAUAAAGGUGGAGGAACAACUCAAAUGGAAGGGGUUGGCUAGGAGGGGACAACCUAUGGCUACCACCAGCCUAUGGAAGACAGUUCCAAAAAGGGAUGACCAGCUACAAAAGAAUCCAAAAUUUGAACCCUUGAAUACCAAGCCAAUGACCGCCACUACUUUAGGUAGCACUGGUUCUUCUACUUCUAAAACAGAGAAUGAGGAAGAAGUAGAUGAUGAUGCCAUACCACCUUUGGAGGAUGCUGAUGAUGAGCAAAAUGCUGUGGUUGGAGAGUUAUUGGUAGCAAGGCGAGUUCUCAAUGUGCAGAUUAAGGAGGAAGAAAAUAAGCAAAGGGAUAACUUAUUUCAUACGCGGUGCUUUGUAAAUAACAAAGUUUGUAGUGUCAUUAUCGAUGGAGGGAGUUGUACAAAUGUAGCCAACACUUAUUUGGUGGAGAAAUUUGCCUUAACCACUUUGAAACAUCCUCACCCUUACCGGCUUCAGUGGCUGAAUGAUUGUGGGGAAAUCAAGGUGACAAGGCAAGUGUUGGUGGCGUUAUCCAUUGGGAAGUAUGAGGAUGAGGUGCUUUGUGAUGUCGUUCCUAUGCAUGCAUGCCAUUUAUUGUUGGGAAGACCGUGGCAGUAUGAUUUAAGGGUUACGCAUGAUGGAUUCACGAAUAGGUAUUCUUUCACUCUUAAAAGGAAACUUAUUACUCUUGUUCCAUUAACUCCAAAACAGGAGUUUGAAGAUGUCCUUCUCGAAGAGGUACCUUAUGGCUUACCUCCAAUUCGAGGGAUUGAACAUCAAAUUGAUUUCAUACCCGGUGCAUCCAUUCCAAACCGACCUGCUUAUAGGAGCAAUCCCGAGGAGAACAAGGAGCUUCAGAGGCAAGUAGGUGAAUUAUUGGAGAAGGGGUAUGUGCGUGAAAGCAUGAGUCAUUGUGCUGUUCCGGUGCUAUUAGUUCCUAAGAAGGAUGGAACAUGGAGGAUAUUAGAUGAUAUGUUGGAUGAAUUGCAUGGUUCUUGUGUCUUUACAAAAAUUGAUCUUAAGAGUGGAUAUCAUCAGAUUAGGAUGAAGGAAGGUGAUGAAUGGAAAACUGCUUUUGAGACUAAAUAUGGUUUGUAUGAGUGGUUAGUAAUGCCUUUUGGUUUAACUAAUGCUCCGAGAACAUUUAUGCAUUUGAUGAACCAUGUUUUGCGUGCAUUUAUUGGCAAAUUUGUAGUUGUGUAUUUUGAUGGUAUCCUAAUUUAUAGCAAAAAAUUGGAAGAACAUGUAAUGCAUUUGAAAUCUGUUUUGGAAAUUCUAAGAAAAGAAAAGUUGUUUGCUAACCUCAAGAAGUGCACCUUUUGCACGGAUAAGCUUGUGUUUCUUGGUUUUGUUGUUAGUAAGAGCGAAAUUGAGGUGGACGAGGAAAAGGUGAAGGCAAUCCAAGAGUGGCCAAUGCCUACAACAAUCAACCAAGUGAGGAGUUUCCAUGGCUUAGCUAGCUUCUAUAGACGGUUUGUGCGUGAUUUUAGUAGCUUAGCCACCCCUCUUACUGAAGUCAUCAAGAAAAAUGUGCAGUUUAAGUGGGGGAAAGAACAAGAAAAGGCAUUUAAUCUGAUCAAAGAAAAGUUAACUAAUGCAUCUUUGCUUGUUUUACCUAACUUUGCUAAAACUUUUGAAAUUGAGUGUGAUGCUUCAAGAAGUGAAAAUUUGAGUGGGGCAGCCCUAAAUUAUCCCACUUAUGAUAAGGAGAUGUAUGCCUUGGUAAGGGCUUUGGAAAAUUGGCAGCACUAUCUAUGGCCAAAGGAAUUCGUGAUUCACACAGAUCAUGAAUCUUUGAAGCAUUUGAAAGGACAACAAAGGUUGAACAAGGAAAAGAUGAUGAUUUGA